GAUGGCAGCUUGCAAAGAUUCACAGGGUAAAACAGAUCUGAGAAGUGACUUAAUGUUGUACCCAGGAGCAUAAGGAUGGAUGAUAGGGUGAAAUAAGAAAGGAAAGUAGCCUGUUCUACUGCUUACCUGGGAGAGGGAGAGUGUCGUAAAAGAGGGAAAAGACAGCCAGGAGAAAAACAGAGAGAGGGAGAGGAGAAGAGUGUGGGGGAGACGGCCCUAGUGUCUCCCACUCCUCCCUGGUCAAUCCAGAUCCAGCCCUUUCUGGCCCCAAGUCUGUUGGAAAAUUUUGGUACUGUAUAGAGAUCUGAACUGUAUUUCUACAAACAUUGGAAAUGACCUCCGUCACAGGUACCAUGAUGAGUCGAAGCAUACCAGUCGAAGUUGACGAAUCUGCAUUCUGGGCCCCAUUUCCAGAACAGUCACUGGAAGAGGCUUUGAUGCCUUCUGAUGAGAAUAUAGAUAAUUCGGAACCCUUAGGGCCUUACCCAGCCCAAAUGUCUCAUGCCAUGGCCAGUCGGCCACAUUUUGACAAACUCUCUGAACCUACAUAUUAUCACCAGGCUAUACCACACAAUGUACGGGCUGAGGAGAAUGACAGCAGCCUGUGGGUAAGGCAUCAGGAUUCUGGAAAAGAUGUACCUUCCUGUUCUUCUGGUGAAUCAGAGGUUGAAAUGCUCCUAUCUAAGCCUCAUCUGUUGGCUAUGGAAAAAUCAAGCAAGCUGUUGAGAUCUCAGCUUUCAACGGAUUCUCCUGAUACUGGCCACAACUCUAGUAAAUCAAACAAAAGUUUAUCUGAUGCUUCCCAGAAUUCACUUGAUGAUGAAAACCAAGAGAACUCACAGUCAUAUCAGCCCUUAGAUGACAGAGCACCAUUGGACCUACCAACUGUAGAUACUGGAUAUGAUUCUCAAUCUCGAGAUGUCAUGGGCAUCAGACAUUUGGAACCUCCGCUACCACUUAUAUCUGGCUUUAACCGCCAGGACCUUCCAGGACCAUUAAUAUCCAGAGAGUUUCCUGGUGUUGAACCUCAACGAUGCCCUGUUUUCCAACGAGUGCCUCACCCUGAUGUUUCUUCACAAGCUCCAUGUCACCUUAGAAAUCAGUGUCCGGUUGAUCCAUACUAUCAGCCUCCAUAUGGAAGAGCUCCUUACCAUGCAUCUCAGCCCGUGCCUCCUGUUCCUGGACCUUGCCUGAGAGUCACCCGCCCAGCCCAGCAAGUAAUCCCUCAUUAUUCUAAUCCUCACGUUCUUCCUAAGUGCAAUGGAGAAAGAGUAGCACAGAGAGAAUGCUCUUCUUCUGUACACCCGCAAUUCCUAAACCAGUUCUACAACCAGCUACCUAAUGGAGGGCCGCCACCAAAUGCAUACGCCCCAAUGGAGGAAUGCCUGUGUCCUCCACACUGUGCAGAUCAAAUGAUCAAUUUUCCACCCCCUGCUGCUGUCCCAAGACCUCCUAGUAACCCUGCAGCCAAGGGAACUCUGAGAACAAGCAAUUUACCAGAAGAGCUGCGUAAAGUUUUUAUAACCUAUUCCAUGGAUACAGCUAUGGAGGUCAUGAAAUUUGUGAACUUUCUGCUUGGAAAUGGAUUUCAAACUGCAAUUGAUAUAUUUGAGGACACAGUACGAGGUAUCGACAUCAUUAAAUGGAUGGAACGCUACCUAGGUGACAAGACGGUGAUGAUAAUCAUAGCAAUCAGUCCAAAAUACAAACAGGAUGUUGAAGGGGCUGAAUCCCAGCUGGACAGGGAUGAACAUGGCUUACAUACUAAAUACAUCCACAGGAUGAUGCAGAUUGAGUUUAUACAACAAGGAAGCAUGAACUUCAGAUUCAUUCCUGUGCUUUUCCCAAAUGCUAAGAAGGAACACGUGCCUACCUGGCUUCAGAACACUCACGUUUAUAACUGGCCAAAAAAUAAAAAGAAUAUCCUGCUGCGUUUACUGAGGGAAGAGGAAUAUGUUGCUCCUCCAGUAGGACCUCUGCCAACCCUCCAGGUUGUGCCAUUAUGAACAUUAUUACUUAAAGUGCAGGACAAGCAAUUGUUAAAGGUUUGUGUUGGCAAGGAGCCAGGAUUCUUCCAGAUGGUCUUUUCUGGUGAUGGAAGGCACUCUCUCUGCUAAAGGAGUUAGUUGUUUUGGGUAACGCAGGCUCAGUUCCCUGACUUGUUCUCUGCUGUAUCAAACAUCUCUUUCUGAAGCUGAUGGGGAAUAAUUCCUUUCCCUUGGCUUUUAAACAAACUGCUAAUGGAAAGAAUGUCUCAUUUUAUAUAUUUUCACUGCUGUUUUUAACAUACUGUUUUGCUAGUCUGCUGUAUAAGUAUUUUCUACAAAUGAUGUUGCAUUAAGUUUUAAAAAAAUUACACCUUCCUUGUUUGGUCAGGGUUUCUUUGCAGAUAUUCUGUCACUAUGCAGCACUCUCAAACUGCUUGAUGUGUGCACAAUAAAAUGUAUUCAUCUUUUCUAAGGCUGGCCAGAAUAUUGUUAAUAGUAUGCAAAAUAUUUAAUUACUUUUCCAAAGACAAGUGCAUAUAAAUUAUAUGUAAUCUGGGAAUAACUCCUGGGGAUGGGUAACACAUCUUUUUACUCAAACCGUUUUACAUAAAACUUGAUAAGAGGGCCCUUUUAGCUCUGAGGUUACUAGAACUCCUUUUUCUUACAACAUAGUCCCUAAUACUUACCAGAUUUUAUAAUAACAGACCAAAAAUAAUUAUAUUAUUUUAUAAUAGACCAAAUCACAGCAACCUAUUGUCCUACAAGUCUUUAGUCAUAACCAGAAAAGGCUACAGUAUUUAUGUCAGCCUUUAGCUCCCCUACUCUUCUUUAACCGUGAUUAAAACAAGAACAGUCGCUAUUCUGAAACACCCUGGUAACAGAGACAUAACAUUACAGCCCUUCAACUUGUGUGCCCUUUGUUAGUCAAAAAUAGCCACAGAUGUUCAAAAGACAUGGGGGAUUGGCAGCCAGAGCAGCUAGAUAAUAUUAAAUCAGCAAAGCUCAGCAGAAUUGGUUAUUUUUAAAGGUGUAAAUCAUCUUGGGAGAAAAUGGUCUUCCUUCCUCCCUCAUGAACAUAACAACCAGGAUUCUGCUGUACUUGAAGGCUGAAGUCUAUAGCCCGUGACUCUUGCCAAAUUUUCACAACCAAGCUGAAAAUUGGCUAGUCAGAGAUUCCAUGCAAAGUCCUUAAGCCUCCUCAAGUUUGUUAUUCAGUAUUACAGUGAUCUAAAAAUUGCUUUGAAAAACUUAUUUUUGCAGGCUAUCAGUUAAAUAUCUUUAACCAAAAGGAUGCUAUUCAUUUCAGAAAGGAAAAAUAUUUAAUUACCUUUCCAAGGACAAAUGUGUAUAAGUUGCAUGUAAACUGAUAAGGCCUCCUCGACCAUGUGCAGGAGAAAUGAUGAAAAUUUGAGUCUCAAGAUUAAAGGUUCUUAUAAGUAUAUCCAAUAACUAAUUUUCCUUGUUGGGGCUCUUAUGUAAGUAACUACAUAUAAGUAACUUGGUGAGGGAAACAUCCAGUGUUGUCAACUCGGACAAGUAAAUGAACAAGAGGAAGCAUUAAAACAUAUAUUUGCAGACAAAGUCCAAGUCAAUUAUUAACUCUCUCUAUAAAUAAUACUGACAUGCAGACAUUCAUUUUAUAACAAAGUAUAUACCCUUUGGUCUUGCAUUAUUUCCUAGCAGGAUUUGCCGAGCUGCAGAAAAUCAAGGAGAUAAAAGGUGCCACUUAAACUUCCACAUGUUCUGAGGUGGCCUGUCAGGCCAGCCAAUAGGAUUUACAGAAGGAAACAAUGCCAUCUCUUUGUAAUCAGGACAUGGAUAAAAGCAAGAAUGCUUAGUUAUUACCUAAUUGACAUGGUGAUGAGUGUGAUAUAAGACUAUAAUCGGAAUUCAUUAAGAAAGGGUCGGUGUUAUCAGGUUCAAGAGGCUCAAACUACAUUCAUAGGCUGUAGAUUCUUUGAAGAAAAUACACAUGAGAAAAACCUUAAAGCUGCUUUCUGUUCCACAACUGAUCAAGUGUGCUGUUUCUAGUGAGGCUCUUUUAACUUUUCGGGCUAGUUCUGUUCAGCUUAACAUAACAAAAUAGUGCAGACCCCGUUAACCUCCCUGAACCAGCAGCAAGAUAAACACCUGGGCCUGCUCAUUACAGCAGCUUGACUAAAAAGCAUCAUUGUUAGAGCCUACCCUUCCUUAUCUCUGGUUGGCAACUGAACUGAAAGUGUAGAAGACCCAGGAAU